AUGACUGUAGCAUUGAGAAUGCAAAUGGAGUCCAAAAGCGGCUUCAUGUGCAGUAGAGCAACAGAGAAAUAUUUACUAAUGCAGUCUUCUAUUAUUGCUAUGUUUGAUAAUUUGCUGAGGGGUCUUGUUUUCUUGAUUCAAAGAAAUCUGCAGCUUCGAAUGGAAGAGCAAAGGCGUCACCUUCAGAUGAUUUUUGAGAAGCAGUGCAAGUCGGGCAUGAACAUGCUCAAGGGGACUUCAUCUGCGACUGAAAACUCCUUGAAGGAGUUCAUGGAUUCAGUGGGAAAUGCUCUAUCCAAAUCUGAUUCAGGAGUAUUAGUCAACAGUAGGGAAACAGGCAGGAAAUCAUCUAACGUACCAGCUAGGGAAAAUUCACGGGAUGUGGGAGAGAAACAUAAAGCUCACGAGUCUGAAGUUGUUGGAAAUUGUGAAGCAAAUGUAGCUGGCGCGUCCAAUUUGUCACCAUCCAAGCAUGCUAAAGUGCAGGGUUAG